AAAUAAAAAUAAAAAAUAAUAAUAAAAAAAAGUUAGCAUUAAAACGUCAUGCAAAAUUCUUUUGUUUAACCACAAGCGCUAAACCAUCUGACAGAAAAAUCACAUCUAUCACAUUUUUAUGUAUUUUUGGAAAAUGUGAACUCGACUACUGGGAAUACUGGCGAAUCUCAAGAAAACGCACUUUCGAUUUCAGUCGCAUUUUCGUCAUCAGUCUAAUCACUCCACAUCACCUGUGUCGCAAACGCGAAAGAUAGAAUCGAAAUGGAGCGAUAAACAGGCUAGACGUGCAAAUCUUAUCGAUCAGAAGAGUUUAUCGCUGAAGAAGGCCGAACGCAAAUCCACGAAGACAAUUCUAACACUCUGGAAUAAACUGAAACUUCGUAAAGGCAAAGGGAAAAAACUAGGUUCUGCUACAAACGAAUCAUUAGCUUCUGCGUGGAAUCAUAAUCAUGUUGAGAAAACAAUGAGCGCAAGAUCGCAACGCGGGGCCCAUGACACGCCGACGGCCAAGCGGUUUCGUAGUCCGCGUAUCACUGCGAAAAGCCGAGCAGCUAAACCACAGAUAACGUACGAUUAUAAUGCUGCUAUCAGCCAACCGGAUGUACCGAAUUCGCCAGAUUACAAGAAGGUCGGUCGUGACGCGAUGGUUAGUGGGGUUCCACUUAAAAAGAAAAUUCUACAGACUCACUUAAGAGGACGAAUUACAUCAAGGAAGAAUUUUCAGAAAAGAUCUCAGGAAUUCAAGGCGAAAUCGCCGAUUCAAAGAAACACGAAAAUACGAUCGCCCAAAAGAGGUAAUUGGAAAACGAUCGUCUCUUCUGAUAUUGAGAAUCGCAUCGAUGAAAAAGAGACUAUUACUGCUAAUAGUGGCACUGACGACAUUCGACAUCUGUCAGACUUGUUGAGGAGAAACUUAGUAGUGAAUGGCAAAAACAUUUCGUUCAAGGAUACGAAAGAGGCGAUUGAGAAUGAUGAUGAUGAUGAUGAUGAUGAUGAUGAUAGUCAUGGAAUGACACAAGAGGAGAUAAAAAACGAGAAGUCAGAUGAUUGUGAAAGUGCUACAACGAAAUCACCGGUUCAAGUUAAGGGCAGUAAAAUUCCUCGCGCGAGGAUCGCUAUUCACACAUUCCAUUCGACGAAGAGAAUAAAAACGAAAGAAUCUCCUCGCUUGAAAUAUUCCACGAUCGACUCUCCUGCUGACAACACGGAAAUCUUGGAAAAUGAGAUAAAAAAGGGAUCGUCUGUUAGUAAAGAAGAACAAAGUACCUACAGACAAGCUGUGGUUCCUUUCGACGAAUUGCAAAACGAUACAAAAAUAGUUUGGAACAAAGAGGAAACUUCGACGUUAGAGGCAGAUGAAGAAGCAGAGGAUCGUGGACUGACGUCGACCGACGAGUCGACGGUUGUUAUUAGUAGCGUCGAUGAUCCUCAUGUUUUGACAGUCUUACGAAGUUUGAAAUUGAAUUGUCCCUGCAAAUCGUGCACCGAGCACAAUCCAGUUUCCAGCAAUCGGCAGGAAGACAAUAGCGAUUUAAAAAGCUCAUCCCCGGAAGAGAUAGGGAAGAAAAAGUGGUCACUGAAAUAUCGAAAAUACAUUGAGGCAACCUCAGAAGAUGUAAAUGUUUCGUCCGAUCACAGUGACGAAUACAGCAAAAAGGAAAGAACGAAUCGAUACAAAGCAAAGUAUACUUUGACUCAACGUAUCAAAACAAGUUCAAUAGUACGCGCACCACCAAAAAUCACGAACCGCCGACGAACUAGUUUCUCUUUUUUUAAUACUCUUUUUGAUAUUGUUUUUUGGCCUUAUUUAUUUUUGAAAACAAAUCGAUGAUAGCAACAAAUUUGUUUCUUCGUUUUGGGACAGUCAUAUCUAUGGAGAAAUGUUGCUUUCGAUAGAUCGAUGAAUGAAAAGUCGUUUCUUUUAAUAUCAUCUUUAAAAACACAUGAAACGAAGAGAAUUUUAAUUAUA